AUAGCCGAACCCAGCUCCUGUAGUUUAGUGUGUAUUAUCCUUGGUUUAUUCAAUUCAUGCAAUUGACAUAAAUGACGACGGUAAACCUUUUAACAGCUGGCAACACUGUUUUAUAAUUGUUUCUUUAGUUUGCAUCAGAAACCAAUAAAAUCCAAUUUUUAUGUGAUCCAGAUAUUGUUCUUUGAAGGAAACAAUGGCCACUCCAUUCCAGAAAAUGUACGAAAAGUACGAUAUUUUGUCGGAGGCCAGGGAGCAUAUAAGUGAGAAAUCUUCAGAGUACCAGGACUGUAUACAAGGUACCAAAGGCGGCCCGAAAGAAAAAAAACUAGCUGCCCAAAUAAUCGCAAAGUUUUUUAAACAUUUUCCCCAUUUACAUGAUCAAGCUCUAAACUCCAUUUUGGACUUAUGUGAAGACUGCGAUAGCGAGAUUCGUAUUUGCGCCAUCAAAGUCUUACCGACUCUGUGCAAAGAAAAUAAAGAGCUAGUCAUUAAUAUUGCGAGCAUUUUAGCACAGCUUCUACAAUUGGACGUGCCAGAUUAUAAUGUUGCUUGCAAUAGUUUGGUGCAAGUUUUCAAAAUUGAUCCUCUCAAUGCUAUCAAAGGGAUAUUCAAUAACUUACAUGCCAUGGAUGAAGAGUCUCUACGAGAGAAAAUUGUUGAAUUUUUAUACACAAAAUUAAUUAAACUAUUAGAAUCUAAUGAAACACAAGAAAUUAAUGAUAUUCUAUUGAAAGAAGCUAAAAAAAUGAUUCAAGAUUGUUCAUCAGAGGAAUUUAUGAUUCUCAUAACAUAUUUAUUAGGAACAAAAUGGGCUAAACUGGAAGGACAGCAAGAAAUUAUUAAUUUAAUUGCUGAGAAAAUUGAAAUAAAUGACAUACUUAGUCUCAAUGAUAUUGAUCGCUUAAUCUUAUGCGUGGAUUUAGUAAUACCUUUAUUUAACUUUAAUAAUGACUCGUCAAAAUUUGUUACAUAUUAUUGCCAAGAAGUCCUCCCAAAACUGGAUGAAAUAGUAACUUUACAAAAUGGAGAACAGCUUCAAAUAAAAUUACUCAGACAGUUAGCCUUAAUGAGCUCCCAUUGCAAUCAUAUCACACAAGAAACCCUAAACAGUUUAUUUCAAUGUUUAAAACAAUUCAUUCCGUUGCCUCCCGAGGAUGUUGACCUGUCGAAAAGUCCAGAUUUAAAAUUUUGCCAUGUCGAAUGCCUUUUGUACUCUUUCCACAAGUUGGGCAAAAGUUUGCCAGAAUUUUUGCUAAACGAUCAGGAAAAAUUGACCGAAUUUAGAGCUAGAUUGCAAUAUUUUUCUCGUGGGGUGUCAGGAUGCAAGCGAGGUCUAAAAAUUGCAACAAAUGAAAAAUUGUCACAAGCGGUUUUGGAUAAAGUGAAUUUGACUCCGCAAGUUUUGGAUAAUCUGCUCGUUAUUAUAAAGGACCUUUUUCAUCAGACGCCGUUGUAUAAAGCUAAUGUAAAAUUGAGUUUUACCAUGAUUGAAAGUACUACUGCCAAGAUAGAAAAAAAAUCUACGUCAUCAUCUGCAAAACGUCCCAGUCACACACCAAUUACAUUUGAUUCCGCCAAUGGGAAUUCAAAACAGCCAAGAGGAGAAGAUAGGAAACUGUAUCAGCCCCCUAGUGGAAAAUUUAGUAGUGGUUUUGGUGGUAGGAGUCGUGCAGGUGGAAGUUGGAGCCGCGGCGGGCAACGGCCCAAAGGGCGAAAUACCUCAUGGAGGAAUUAAAAAUCCAUGACACGUCUGCAGCUAAUAAACACUUUUGCUAUAACGAUGAUUUCUGGCAUCGUUCCAUCAACAAAAGGAUAAUUUUACUCAUGAUAAUAUAAGUAUAUUUGUUAUUUGUUCAGCAUAUUCAAAUAAAAAUGUAUAAUUUUCUUUCAAUAGUUUUGUAACAUUGGUCUUCUAUCUUCAUCACAACAGUUGAAUUAUGCCUAAAUAUUAUACUUAUUUAAAAUGGCAUUACUUUUAUCAUUACAGGUAAGAGUAUUUUGCACAACUGUGGCCUGGUGUUGCUAGAAUUAUUUAAUGUUUUUUUAACAGUUUAUUUUUUAGAUUCUAGAAAAUUUUGUGGAGAAUUCGUUUUUUAAUUAAAGCUGAUGUAGGUUUUAAAUUUA